AUGGCUAAUGUCGCUAUUAUCACAGGAGGAGCCAGUGGAAUGGGCCUUGCGGUAGCCAAAGCUCUAUCCGCACGAACCAAUUGGGAAAUCCACAUCUUUGACAUCAACGAAGAGCACGGAGCCCGGACAGCUCAAGAUCUACCCCGGACGACAUUUCACCGUGCCGAUGUGACCAAAUACAGCGAUCUUGCAGCCGCAUUCCAAAGCACGUUCCAGCAGCAUAACAAGCUGGAUUUUGUGUUCGCAAAUGCAGGAGUCAUCGAGCGCACCAACUUCUACUCCACGCCCGAGACAGGGACCGGCAAGGAUGUGUGCCCACCACCAGAGCCAGACCUACCUGCAAUCGACGUCGAUCUAAAGGGUGUGGUUUUCACAACGUACUUGGCCCAGCAUUAUUUCCGACACUCGUCUCAUAAGGGGCAAGGCUCUAGCUUGGUGAUGACCGCCAGCUGUGGUGGGUUGUACCCGUCCUUCUAUUCGCCGUUGUACUCAGCGGCCAAAUUUGGCGUUGUGGGAUUCAUGCGAUCAAUCUCGCAACACUUCCGCGCUGCCGGCAUUCGCGUCAACGCUAUCUGUCCAGGGAUUGUGCGCACUAACCUGGUCGACUCAAACGGUUGGGACAGCUUUCCGCCAGGUCGGUUCAUCGAAGUGGAUACAGUCGCCCGGGUUGUGCUCCACCUUGUGGAUGGCGGUGAUCCUGCCGGUCAGGGGUUGACGGAUACACCCGGUAGACACCUGCCUCUGGCGGAGCUGUACGGGAUUGCAGUGGAGAUUUCCGACAGUGGGUUGUACUUCCGAGACCAGCAUGAGUUUUGCGACGAGGGCAUGCGAGAGGUUAUGGCGGCCACAGUGGUCGAAAAUCAGGUUGGCGCUAUACUGAAUGGUGAUUAG